CCGUUUCCUUCCUACAACAACUACACAAGAGUUUCAAGCUCCUUCCUUCCUUCCUUCCAUGUCCACUCACCAAGAUAUGUCUCUCGUCACAGCCACUUCUCCGAUCAACGUCGUCGAUCAAACUUUCCCAGAGAUCGAGAUGUCCGGCGACUCCUCCUCCUCUUCCAUCGUACGAGCAACCGUCGUCCAGGCAUGCACCAUCUUCUACGAUACUCCCGCCACUCUAGAUAAGGCGGAGAGGUUGCUUGCCGAGGCGGCGGAUAAUGGGUCCCAGCUCGUUGUGUUUCCGGAGGCGUUCAUCGGUGGUUAUCCUCGAGGGUCCAGCUUCGAGUUGGCUAUUGGUGGUCGAACAGCUAAAGGAAGAGAUGAUUUUCGCAAGUAUCUUGCUUCUGCUAUUGAUGUUCCCGGCCCUGAGGUGGAACGUUUGGCGGAAAUGGCUAGGAAGUACAAAGUGUUCUUGGUUAUGGGUGUGAUUGAGAGAGAUGGCUAUACGUUAUACUGCACUGUCCUUUUCUUUGACUCACAAGGUCAGUUCUUGGGUAAGCACCGGAAGCUCAUGCCUACAGCUCUUGAACGUUGCAUCUGGGGGUUCGGAGAUGGAUCAACCAUCCCUGUUUUCGAUACUCCGAUAGGGAAGAUCGGUGCAGCUAUUUGUUGGGAGAAUAGGAUGCCGUCUUUAAGAACCGCAUUGUAUGCCAAAGGCAUUGAGAUAUAUUGUGCACCUACUGCUGACGCUAGAGAAACUUGGGUUGCAUCAAUGACUCACAUAGCUCUUGAAGGUGGAUGUUUUGUUCUGUCAGCUAACCAAUUCUGUCGCCGUAAAGACUAUCCUCCUCCACCGGAAUACACGUUUUCCGGUUCAGAAGAGAGCCUCACACCGGACUCUGUUGUCUGUGCCGGUGGAAGCUCAAUCAUUUCGCCUCUGGGAGUUGUUCUAGCUGGACCAAACUACGAAGGAGAGGCUCUUCUCUCAGCUGAUCUUGAUCUUGGGGACAUAGCACGAGCUAAGUUUGACUUCGAUGUGGUUGGUCAUUACUCAAGGCCUGAGGUGUUUAGCUUGAACAUAAGGGAGCAUCCGAGAAAAGCGGUCAGCUUCACGUCCAAGGUAACCAAAGAUGAGACCGUCAAAAAGUGAGAGACACAAACGUUCAACGUCAAAGACUCAUUGGAGGUUGUGUAUAUUUAAUAAUAAUAACUACCUACGUCAAGACUUGUAAUUGAUAUCAUGUCAGAUUGAAAGAUUACGCCA